AUGCAAGCAUCUACAGAACCGUGCUUGGCCUUUUUUGAAUUUUUUACUGUUUUAGAAAAAACGGUUUUUUCAACUAGACCCAGUGCCCCAAGGCAGUUUUAUCAUAUCUUAACGCUUUCGCUUUUAAAUAUCUAAAAAAGGCCAAGCACAGAAGUGAUAUAUUAAACGGCCGGUAAAACAAUUGAGGACACAGGAAAAAGUGUUGCCGUUUCAUGUCAAGAACAAGCUUUUUCAGCGUCUUACGUGUAUAAAGCUCUUAGUUGUAGACCAUCCUCUCACUUUUAAAGUGAGUAAAUUGAGGUCCAUGUCUUAAUUUACCCGAGUAAUCUGAAACACGGUCAAUCGAACAGACGCCCUUAGUCUUCUCAGCAAGAUUUCGAUGCCCUUUCUUCUCGCCUCUAGCCUGCGGACGCAGACGUAUUUCCGGUCGUCGCUUCUCUCCAUCCUGGGGGUGAGAAGCGACGACCAGAAAUAAUUCUUUGUCCGCAGGCUAUCUCGCCUAAGGUUCCUAAGAGAAAACUAAAGAAGGAAAGCAGUUUGCUUGGAUGCCAAGUAGGCUUCUAAUGCGAGUUUGAUUUGGAGGUAAAGGUGGGGACACGUGAAGCUCUCUCUCACCAAUCCUCUUCAACUAUUUUUUUUUCACCGUCUCUUUGCCCUAGCCCCUUAAAGAACCCGCUCACAGACUAUCAACUUAUUUCUGGCUCUCGACGUUUAAAGAAAGUAGGGAGCAAACGACAGAAUAAACACUUGGAUUGUGGUCACGCCCUGAAAAUAAGCGUUCCAGAGACUUGCCGAGUUACCUUCGGUUUGUAAUGACCACAGCUGAAGGUGAAAGGAAAAGGUAUUAAAAACAUUUUCUCUUGACAUGACCAUUUUCAACAGCUAGGGUAGUUUUAGUAGCAAUAUCAGUAGAAAUGCUUAUCGAUGAGCCACUUAAAACUGAAAUGAUCAAACUUUUGAUACGAUGUCCCUUAUUUUAGCUGUUUAGUUUUGUUUUACUCAUUCAGUUUGCCCUUUUUUCUAUUUCCUUUUGUUUCAGAAUUUCUUUCAACAGCUGUAGUCGUUUCAAUAAACCGAGCAUAACUUACCUGAGUAACUCGGCAAGUCUCUCGAACUUAACACGCAUUUUUUAGAGAGUAGAAAAUACUGACGAUCUAUCGAUGAGCCACUCAAACCUGAAAUGACCAAACUUGAGAUAAGUUAUGCCUUCUGUUCAUUUUCGUCUCAUUCCUUGUAACACCUCAGCGCACUAUAGUAUUGCUGCAGUUGUAAUACAUACACCAGAAAAGGGAUUAUGUGGAGCUGUACUACAGCUAUAGUCGACAAUUAAUCAGGUCAGUAAAUCUAAUAUCUUUUACAGAAAGUGGAGUCUGAAGCUAGAGAUUGCAGUUCGUGUCACUAUUCUCAAGACGGUUCAUCUUUGCUUUUCACCGAAAAACUGGUGAGCGAUCAUUUUCAAUUUUCGAUUUUCUCCUCAGGCAAUACAAGCUGUUUUCAAAUGAUAUUUUCGCAAGUGGCAAAUUACUGUGCAAACGAAGGCAGAAAAUAUACAACCACACCACAUUGAGGCUUUUGCCGAGUUGACAAAAAUUUUCCCCCAUCAUUUAAAGAAGAAAUCCAGACUCAAACUGCAAAUGCGCAUAUUAUUCUAAUUUCCUUGCUGUGCUACAAUCGGUGACAAGGUAUUUAGCACGAAAGUUCUAAAGAAGUCGGGACCGCCAUUUUACAUAGUCAUCCGAGCCGAGACCUAGGGGCAUCUAGUUGGGUCGAUAAAAUGUUUGUGGUGAAAGUUUACUGUAAGAUCGAGACGAGCCCGAGUUUUCGAGACGAGCAGAGGGAUGUUACUAAAACGGGGAACGGGGAACGGGGAACGGGGAACGGGGAACGGGGAGCGGGGAGCGGGGAACGGGGAACGGAAGUCUGGGAACGAGUUGUCAGCGGAAACCUCCAUAAAAAUGUAAUAUGGCCGAUGAUCGAUGAUAGAGAACCGUGGAAACAAACUUAACCGAUAACGGCGUUAUUUUACUUGAACUAUAUGCUCAUGAGGUGCUUGAAAUAAUACGGAGGUAAUAACUUCAUGACGUUUUUCACCUUUUUGCGUUUUACUAAACAAUUAUCCCUAGGAAACAAAAUAUGCUCCAACAGCAGUUGAAAGAAGCCAAUCGGGACAACUCAAAGCACAGCCAUAUUUGGAACUCAAGCGAAUCUAUACUGAGUCUAGCCCACAAAGCAAUGAACUACUUUUCCAUGAUAGAUAACAUACAUCGAAGUAGUCAAGUAGCUUGUGUGCAGACUUCUUCUAUUUCCUUUGAUAGAGAUGACUGCUUUGAAAAAUGUUAUUGACCACGUCAUCACAUAAUUAGUAAGACUACUUUAACAAUCUGGUUCUGCUUUUAAUAUUAUUAGAUCUACUACACUGCAAGCAUUCACGAUAUUGAAGUGUUUCACUGAUCCAUGAAAAUAAAAUAAUAUCAUUUUAUUAUUUUGUGAAACAAUUUGUUUCAGGUCAGUUUGCCCUGUGUAGACCAGUAUAAUGACCCUAAUGGAACCUAAUUCACUCAUUUUCCUCACCCUAAGCAGUAACUGCUUCAAAGUCGUACAGUGGCCAUUUGUCUCUCUGCGAAAUACCCCUGACGACCCUUUCCUGAAUAAAAACCAUUGGAUUACAUUGAAUGCAACAUUCUCACUCACUGCAGAUCCUCAAUUAACCCCCCGCCCCCCUAAGAAUGAGAUCCCAAACCCCUCCCUUUUGAAGAAAAAUGUCAUAAAAUGAUCAAAGUACCUCUUCAUGGGCACGAAACGUUUGGUGCAAUUCACACCAUACAUCAUCGCUGUAUCAAGUACUGUUCUCGGUGCAGGAGGAGGGGGUACUAUAAUGGCCUAAACAGAAAGGGAAGGGGUUUUUAUAGUUGAAGUAUGUGAAAGGGGUACCAUUUGUCACUAGAGGGUAAACAAAAGGGGUACGUUUUCUGUCUAAAAUGGUACAUACAAAGGGUAAAGGGUUGGUCCCUGGGGCAGAGCCUCUUUGGUGAGUACCCCCCCCCUCCCCUCUGGGUUACUGUUACUCUAGUCUGAUUCUUCUCUUUAAUUUCUUCGAUACUGUGCUUCAUUAAAUGAAUUAAAAACCCCGAUAUGUUAAAAGAAAUUAUGUCCCCUGGAGGGGAAAUAAAAUCAGGGAAAAUGGGUAGCAAGAUCUAUUGUGUUAUUUUACAGGCAUUGAGUAAGCGUAAUGUGGCCACUAUACACAUACAGUUGUGCGUGUUUACUGAAAAACAUAUCGACAAUCCAGUCUUUUGCCUCCCAUCACUUGUGUGAGACCUUAGACUCUUUAUUUCCAAAACUACAGACAGCUUGCUUGAAGACUUAUCAACCACCUUCUAAUAAGCUGCCAACCUCUGCAACAUUGAUGAUGUGAUGCUUGAUGGUAGGUGCACUGCAAUAUUACUGAGUCAAGCCAAUAAAGCAGCUUGACAAUAUUAACUGGUUUAAGUCACUGAUAUUCAGUUUUACACUGAGCUUGAAAUAUUUUUCUCCACAGUAAAAGUAAUGUUCAUUAAAGAGAAGCAGAGCUCCCCCCCUAGAAAAAAAAAGCAUCCAGAGGGCUAAACAGAGGAAGUAUACUUACCAUGCACAUUUUAACAGCUAACCUUUAGAAAGUACCUUCCAACCAAAGACUUUAAAGUACUUCCCCCACGUAUACUUGCAACACUUAUUAUUGCAGCUCAGUUGUGGUUCACUUUUAUCCUAAGUUUGAAUUUUAUUCUCUUUGUUUUGAACUGGUAAUCAUAAAAUUCAUAUUACCGUACCCCAAACAAAGGGAAGCAAAAUUUAUAAACCUAGGUUAUAAUAAAAUAAAACCACAGCAUAGCCAUUUGCUUUGAAACAACUGAUAUCUUUAAGACCAAGGUAUGAUUGAUGUUCCUGGCACAUUGCCCGUUAAUAUGUUUAAAGUUGCCUUUUAUUGAUGUAUUAAAUAACCUGAUCCAUCUUAUCUUUUCAAAUAGUACAAUUGCACUUACUUCUCAUCAUAGGUUUGUAAAUAUAAUAUUAUUAGACUUACAGUUUUAUCUCAUCGCCAACAUGUUUUAAUUUGGGCUUGAAAAAACGCUACAGCUAGGAAGGAGCUCCACUGCUACACUAUUACUGUCGAGGAAACACACCUGGCUGCUUCGAUCUACGUUAUUUUUCACCAUGUAUUUAAGCCAAAACCCUACGAAAAGCGUCAAGCAAAAGUAAUUCAUUGCUUUGUGAGUUAGACCCAGUAUAGAUUCGCUUGAGUUCCAAAUAUGGCUGUGCUUUGAGAGUCUUUGUCCCGACUGUAGCUUCUUUCAACUGCUGUUGGAGCAUAUUUUGUUGUUUAGUAAAACGCAAAAAGGUGAGAAAUGUCAUGAAAUUAUUACCCCCGUAUUAUUUCAAGCACCUCAUGAGCAUAUAGUUCAUUAGUAAAAUAGCGACCUUAAGUGUUGUUUCGACGCUUCUCUAUCAUCUUAUCUAUCAUCGAUCUUACCGGGUUCUUGAUCCUUACCGGCCAUUUUGGAUUUUUAUGGAGGUUUCCGCUGACAACUCGUUCCCAGACUUCCGUUCCCAGUUCCCCGCUCCCCGCUCCCCGCUCCCCGCUCCCCGCUCCCCGUUCCCCGUUUUAGUAACAUCCCGAGCAGAGCUUUCAAAUAAGCUGGAGUCAAUUCAAAAAAGGGGACUAUAUACAUCCAUGCCAUGGUUACUUAGACUACCAACCUUAGCAGCUUGAAAGAAAGACGAACUCAGCUCUGCUGUAAAUAUGACUCAAAAUGACCACCCCAUUAACUUCCUCAAGUUGAGAACAGCAAUUAGUGGUCAUAGUUACAACUUGCGGGCCAGCGACAAUCGAAAUAUUGUUUACGCUGACAGGAGUUGUUGCCGGACACAGCGUUCAGGUUCCUUUAUUUUAUUCGCAAGUAAAUAUCUGAAUAUGUAAAUAGUUAUAUUUAAGAUAUUUUUCUUGUUUCUAUGAGUAGUGUUAAUUAUUCGUUGAUUGUUAAUUUAUAGCCUUUUAAUUCAGUUAAUUCUGCAAUGUGGCAAAUAAACGGUAUAUUUAUUUAUUAUUUAUUUAUUUAUUUAGCCCCUCGCCUCGAUCUUACAGUAAGCUUUCACCACGAAUUAUCGUCCCGACUAGCUGCCCCUGGGUCUGCGAGGAUGAGCCACGCGACGGUCUAGCCGCUUGCAUCGCAAAGACCCUGUCAGUACUGGUCCGGCCCCGUUAAUCGAGCCACGAACCUUUUGUCAUUCCUUUAGCUUUUUAAUUGGAUAUAUUCUUUAUGGCAUGGGAGCAUGGAAGGAUAAAUACGGAGUACAUAUAAAUAUAAGAAUCAACCGAGUUCUGAGCCACUAAACGUACCGCUAAUAAACGAGUAACAUAGUUAUACAUGUAUACUUCAGUAACCGCAGUAAAACCUGGUAAAACGAGCAACAAAAAACUUGCAAGUUGUUUUGCAACAUUGGUGCUAAACGUGUUGAAGUGCGAUGCUUAUCCCGUUUUACCCGCACCCACUUUUGAACCUGUCUUGCAACAAAUACAAAGGUUCUAAGGUUUUUUUUGUGAGCGGUAAAACGCGCAAUAUCGCUAUUCAACUCGUUUUGCAGCAAACUCCCCGGGGGGUGGGGGUACUCCUUUAAAUAGGCGAACAUAAAUCCGUGUGUUAUUCGUUUGUAACCGGUAUGAAGUGUACACAAAUAUUCAAAAAAGUUCGGUACUCCAUGCUUUAGGCUGCCUGGCAAACGUUUCCGAACUAAUUAGGUAGAGAAAGUUCCUCCAUUCCUCUUUUCUCCUCUCCCCCGACUUUCUUGACCACCUUGCGCGGAAACGCUUGCCGCCGCCAUGACGAAGAGCUGAUUAUAAAUUCUCGUAAAUACAUGAUGUUUAUUAUUAUUCCGUCAAACCAUCAAAACAUGUCAAAAAACACUAUUUGAUUGGUUAUUAAUACAGAUUUUAGUCUGGGUCACAAGACAAGACUUCAUUACUUAUUCGCAGAGCCAUUCCCUUGAUCAUCAACAGCUAGGUCAAAGCGUGUAAAAAGUAACCUUGUUUUCGACCUUUUCCAUGGAUAUAAAGACCUUGCUUGACAAUCUUCAUGAUGAAGUAUCCUGUUCUGUCUGUAUGUCUACAUUCACUGAUCCAAAGCAGUUGCCUUGUUUGCACAGUUUCUGUCUUCACUGCCUGAACGGAAUUCAACGAACGAGCGGCGUCCACGACAAAAUUACAUGCCCCGAGUGCAGGAGACAGUUUCAAAUUCCUGGAAGUGGAAAUCCGAGCGAACUUCCCACUAAUUUUCGAAUCAACAGUUUGCUAGAUGUCUUGGCAAUAAAAGAGUGCAGUACAGCUAACGUGAAAUGUGGAAACUGCAACAAACGGAAUGCCCAGACCUUAUAUUGUUUCCAGUGUUGUUCUUUCUGGUGCGACGAAUGUGUCUUAGCACAUAACAUUAUACGCAUCAAUAAAGAACACAGAACGCUGGCACUGAAAGAUUUUCAAGAUCAGGACAUCGAGGCCGUGUUAAAGAGACCGGCAUUUUGUCAAGAGAAACGACAUGAAAACAAGGAGUUGGAGCUCUUUUGCAAGGACUGUAAAGUCGCCAUUUGUAACAUUUGUGCUGUAACACUCCAUGAAGGUCACGGAAAGAUGCUUUUGGAAGAAGCUACAGACGCGCGCAAGACUCAGAUCAACUCCAUGACUCAGUCUUUAAUAGAAAAAGAACAAGAAAAACGAAAAGACCUCGAGCAAUUGAACCAAAAGAGCACGGACAUUAAACUGCAAGUUGCCGACUUUAAAAGCCAAGUGCAGACAAAUGUGGAUCAAAUUAUUGCAAUCGUCGAAGCGAGGAAACAGGAUGUUUUUGAUGCAGUCGAUAAUCAAGCGAAAAAAUCACUGGAAUCUCUCUCAAAGAAAAAAAACGAAGUUGAAAAUCAAGUGAAAUUAAUUGAAUCGGCAAUUGAACAAACUAAAGCCCUUGUGAAACGAAGCUUCAGUACUGAAAUUCUUGGAUUCAGUGAAACAUUUGAUGUAAUCCUACAGGAACAGGGCACCCAAGGAAACCGUGACACUGAAUGUAUUCCUCGGUUUAGUUUCACUAAAAGUGAAAAACUGAUUAACGUGUUAAACAGUGAAGGGAUAGGUAAUGUAAAAAUUGUUUUCAGCGAAGCUAAAGUGAAACAAUCGGGAGCUAAAGGUAAAGAAAGUAGUAAAGUAAUUGCUGGGAUUAAAGGGGCAAAUGUUCGUGACAGUCCUCUUGAGACUCAGGUACAAACCAGGCGCUUCAGAUCUGUGCUGUCAUUUGGACAAAAAGGUGAGUCCGUUGGAAUGCUUAACUAUCCCUGGGGGGUGACAGUGAAUGACCAAGAUGAAAUUGCUGUGACUGAGUUCUUGAACCACAGGGUUUCAGUGUUUAGUAGUGACGGUACCCACUUAAGAUCCUUUGGUAGGGAAGGUCAGAAUAAUGGUGAGUUCCAGUACCCUAAAGGGAUCGCUUUUGAUAGUCAUGGCAAUAUUGUAGUGACAGACUGUUAUAACCACAGGGUGCAAGUCUUUGAUCGGAAUGGCAACUUUCUUAGUAAGUUUGGUGAAAAAGGAAGCCUUGAUCAUCAGCUUAUUUACCCUGCAGGUUUAUCAAUAAAAGGUAACGGUGAUAUUAUUGUUGCUGAUACCGGUAACCAAUUAAUCAAGAUAUUCUCCUCUAGUCACAACUAUUUGCGUAAGUUUGGUGGAGCAGGUUCAUUGGUCACUCCCAUUCACUGUAUCCAACAUGGUCAAUAUUUUAUAGUCUCAGAUUGCGGUGAUCAUUCCAUUAAGAUGUUUGAUCUUGAGGGAAAAUUUAUUUCUAAAUUUGGAAAACAGGGGAACAAGGAUGGAGAGUUCAAUCAACCCCUUGGCUUGUCAGUUAACAAAGAAGGAUUGCUAAUGGUCUGUGAUGCAGGAAAUCACAGAGUUCAAGUAUUUGAACUGAGUGGAAAGUUUGUUACAAAAUUUGGAAGUGAAGGUAGUGGGAGAGGAGAGCUUAAGAGUCCAUUUUCUACAGCAAUUCUUAGUGAUGGAAGAAUAGUUGUGUGUGAAUUGAAUAACAAUCGAAUCCAGGUAUUUGAGCAUACAUGAAAUAAUCUAUAACCUGCGAAUAAAACCGUCUUUCCUCGCUCCUCGUCGUUAGGGACCUUUAGCGGAAAACAUCUCUGCCGCGAAACCUAUAAUAGCGGCGACGCAGCGAGGAUAGACAGGUGUAUUCACAGCGGGCUUGAAAUAAUCCUACCUUUGAUGAAGAAAGACUUGAGAUUCAGGUCCCGCUAUUAUACAUUGAUCAUUUAAGCUCCACUGUUCAUGUUUCUGGAGGAAACAAUUUUGUGCGAUUUUUUUGUUUAGACAUUUUGAUAUGUCGAAAUUGGUUUAUUAUGUUCUACUUGUAAAUAUAUUUUGUCCAUAAAUGAUAUGGAUCAGUCCACUGUCGCGUAAAAGUUGAGUUUACGCUGGCGCCACCUUCCUUACAUUGCCUCUAUUUUAUUCACGCGCGCGUAGAUACAAUGCUUAGAAUUGCAGCAGAUAUUGAAUUGACUAUUUCCAAAAAAAGCAAUUAAUUGACAUAAUUUUCUCUUACAUUGUAAUCUCACAUUAUUACUAAAUAUAUUUGCGAAUACUUCAUAUCUAGAAAAAUUAUGCUGUUUAAUAUUUACGUACAUAUUUGAAAGUGUGAUUUUUGAAUGGGUUUUAACCUGUUUAAUAGCGAGGACAGCCUGAGUUGUCAAUUUUGUAAGUAAACGGCUUAUUUUUACUUAUCUUUUUUCAGUAGUAAUAGACGUACAUAUUUCUCAAAAAGCAAAAUACUAUACCCUGUAAAUAACUCGAGUGGACUAUUUUUUGUCUAAAUAAACAUUAGUGUAAAUGGUUUGUUCCUUGUAUUCAAUGUCUCCUAAUGGUCAAAGGCGGAUUUAGUGGGGGGAGUGGGGACGAGGAAGCCGCGAACACUCCUUUUUUCUUUAAAAUUUUGUAUCAUUUUUAUCGAAGUCUCAGUUUAUAUACUGGCACUGUGUCCCGGCCACUCCUUUCUAAAUUUUCUGGAUCCGCUUAUCGAUUGGUAACCCGCAGUCCCAGACAAAAGUAGUGGGGAAAGUUGGGGAAAUAACAAAACAAUUACGCGCACAAACAUUUCAGUUUUUGUACAACAUUGGCCAUAGACUUCAAAACAGUCGGGAUUUUUUCUAUGUUUAGCGUAGUUAAUUAGCGUAUCUCCCCAGUCUCGCUCUCCGUUUUCAGCCCUAUCUUUUUGCAGCUUCUUGCAACACGGUUGAAGUAUGUAAGCUAUGUUUAUGUUAGCGGUACGGUUACUCGGCUCAGAACUCGGUUGAUUCUUAUAUACCCCGUCUUUAUACUCACAUGCUCCCAUGCCAUAAAGAGUGACACCCAAUGCUCGAUCACUAUGCGCCUUAUUUGCGUGGAAUGAAAGUUUACAACACUCGACCAGACUCGACCAACAAACCACACGAACCAACUGGCGUUGCCAGGGUUCACUUUAAAUUCGUGAAGAGAUUCACGAAUUUAAAAAGACUAUCUUCGAUAUCUUUGAUUAUAUUAGUAAAGUUAAGAGCAAGACGAAAAUCAGAAGUACAGGCAUCUAAUAAGUGCUCGUCUUCUAGCAACGGAUUUUAAGCUGUAUAUACUGAUUGUAAUGUACAAUAACUCGCGGUCUCCGGACAUAAGUCAAUUCUAAAAAAAACACUUUAUGAGUGGUUCAUACUUUCAUAAGAAUGAUUAUUUUGGCUUCUUAGAAAUACGUAUAAGUCAAGGAACUCUGUCUGAUCGGUCAAAACUUGAAAAAAGCGUGACAAUACAAAAAUUCCGUUCUUUCUUUACCACGGCAUAUAACUAAGUUCGAUCAUCCGGACUGGCAAGUCCAACCUAGACAGUAUUUCACCGAUUUUUUCGACCUUUUCCAUGGAUAAAAAGACCUUAGCCGACAAUCCGGCUUCAUGAUGAAGUAUCCCGUUCUGUGUGUAUGUGUACAUUCACUGAUCCAAAGCAGUUGUCUUAGUUUGCCCAGCUUCUGUCUUCAUUGCCUCAACGAACGAGCGGCGUCCAUGGUAAAAUCACAUGCCCGGAAUGCAGGCGAGACAGUUUCAAAACGAACCGGGUGAUAUAAAGGUCGAAAUUGGGAGUUGUAAUUGGUUUAUUUACUUUCAUAAUUGCAAAAUCUACCAUAUAGUGCUACGUAUAAAUGUCCAAUAGGUUGUGACUAAAGUAAAACAAGAAACAAAUAGUUAACGCAUGUACAGUAUUUUUUACGCAUACUAUAUGCGGUGUUAGGAUUUAAAGUGUUAAAGUCAUCUUCAGUGUUCACCUCACAGUUUUCCUGUGGUUGUAAUUCACCGAGCUGUCUUUGAAUUUCUUCAAAAAAGAGAACUUAGUCGUUUGUCUUGUUUGGUGAAUGAAUAUUGACAAAAACAAACAAAUUUUGUUUGUUAUAUAGCCUUUAUCAGUUGGUCGAAAUAAUCCCGCAUUUAUUGGGCUCCUGCUUAUACGAACUUUACGUGUAGAGUCUCAGUGAUGUAAAAUAUAAUUUAAUAGGUUUUAAAAAACAUUUCAGUCGGUUCUUGCUUUGUAAACAGAUGACGAUUCUCAGAAAUAUAGGAUGUUUUUGGAUUCUUCAGAGUGACGUCAGAAAUCAGAAAUUCGUCAAGGAACUCCGUUUGAUUGGUUGAUGAAAGUAAAGUUCAGUCUGAGUCAAAAGACAGUUAGUAAUUCUUUCACUUUCCAAGAGCUGGGUAUUUCAAAAUUUAAAUAGUUUUACUUCCACCAUUUCCCUCCAUGGAUAUAAAGACCUUGCUGGACAAUCUUCAUAAUGAAGUAUCCUGUUCUGUGUGCAUGUGUAUAUUCACUGACCCAAAGCAGUUGCCUUGUUUGCACAGUUUCUGUCUUCACUGCCUGAACGGAAUUCAACGAACGGGCGGCGUCCAUGGCAAAAUUACAUGCCCCGAGUUCAGGAGACAGUUUCAAAUCCCUGGAAGUGGAAAUCCCAGCGAACUUCCCACUAAUUUUCGUAUCAACAGUUUGCUAGAUGUCUUGGCAAAAAAAGAGUGCAGUACAGCUAACGUGAAAUGCGGAAAUUGCAACAAACGGAGCGCCCAGACCUUAUAUUGCUUCCAGUGUUAUGCUUUCUGGUGCGAGGAAUGUAUUCUAGGACAUAACAUAAUACGCACCAAUAAGGAACACAGAACGCUGGCACUGAAAGAUUUUCAAGAUCAAGACAUCGAGGCCGUAUUAAAGAGACCGGCAUUUUGUCAGAAGAAACGACAUGAAAAAGAAGAGUUGAAAAUCUUUUGCAAGGACUGUAAAGUCGCCAUUUGCAACACGUGUUUUGUGACACUUCAUGAAGGUCAUGGUAAGAUGCUUUUGGAAGAAGCUACAGACGCGCGCAAGACUCAGAUCAAAUCCAUGACUAAAUCUUUAACAGAAAAAGCUCAAGAAAAACGAAAAGAACUCGAGCAAUUGAACCAAAAGAGCGAGGAUAUUAAACUACAAGUUUCCGACUUUAAAAGACAAGUGCAGACGAAUGUGGAUCAAGUUAUUGCAAUCAUCGAAGCGAGGAAACAGGAUGUUUUUGAUGCAGUCGAUAAUCAAGCGAAAAAAUCACUUGUAUCUCUCUCAAAGAAAAAAGACGAAGUUGAAAAUCAAGUGAAAUUAAUUGAAUCGGCAGUUGAACAAACUAAAGCUCUUGUCAAACGAAGCUUUAGGAAAUCCUUGGAUUCAGUGAAACAUUUGAUACAAUCCUUCAGGAACAGGGCACCCAAGAAAACCGUGACACUGAAUUUAUUCCUCGGUUUUUUCACUAAAAGUGAAAAACUGAUUAACGUGUUGAAUAGUGAAGGGAUAGGUAAUGUAAAAAUUGUUUUCAGCGAAACUAAAACGCAACAAUUAGAAGCUAAAGGUAAAGAAAGUAGUAAAGUAAUUGCUGGGAAUAAAGGGGCAAAUGUUCGUGACAGUCCUCAUGAGGCUCAGGUACAAACCAAGCGCUUCAGAUCUGUGCUGUCAUUUGGACAAGAGGGUGAGUCUAGAUCUGUUGGAAUGCUUAACAAGCCCUGUGGGGUGGCAGUGAAUGAUCAAGAUGAAAUUGCUGUGGCUGAGUUCUUGAACCGCAGGGUUUCAGUGUUUAGUAGUGACGGUACCCACUUAAGAUCCUUUGGUAGGAAGGGUCAGAAUAAUGGUGAGUUCCAGUACCCCACAGGGAUCACUUUUGAUAGUCAUGGCAAUAUUGUAGUGGCAGACAGAGGAAACCACAGGGUGCAAGUCUUUGACAGGAACGGUAACUUUCUUAGUAAGUUUGGUGAACAAGGAAGUCUUGAUCAUCAGCUUCAAUACCCUGAAGGUUUAUCAAUAAACGGUAACGGUGAUAUUAUUGUUGCUGAUAAAGGUAACAAAUUAAUCAAGAUAUUCUCUUCUAGUGGGGAGUAUUUACGUAAAUUUGGUGGAUCAGGUUCUUUGGUCAAACCCUUUCACUGUAUCCAACACGGUCAAUAUUUUAUAGUCUCAGAUGCUGAUGAUCAUUCCAUUAAAAUGUUUAACCUGAAGGGAAAGUUUAUUUCUAAAUUUGGAAAACAGGGGAACAAGGAUGGAGAGUUCAAUUGGCCCGCGUAUUUGUCAGUUAACAAAGAAGGAUUGCUAAUGGUCUGAUCUGUGAUAGGGCGAAUCACAGAGUUCAAGUAUUUGAACUGAGUGGAAAGUUUGUUACAAAAUUUGGAAUUCAAGGUAGCGCCAGAGGGGAGUUUAAGAUCCCAGUUUCUACAGCAAAUCUUACUGAUUGAAGAAUAGUUGUGUGUGAAUUUCAUAACAACCGAAUCCAGGUAUUUAAGCAUAAAUGAGAUAAUUUUGCCAGCGAAUACAACCGUCUUUCCUCCCUCCUCGUCGUUAGGGACCUUUUUCGGGAAACAUCUCUGCCGCGAAACUUUCUAAUAGCGGCGAGGAGAGACAGAUUCGUAGCGUGAAGCUAGAAAUAAUCCUACCUUUGAUGUAAGACUUGAGAUUCAUCAGUUCAAUAUUAUAUAUUGAUCAUUAGAUACACAGUUCAUAUUUCUGGAGAAAAUCAAUUUUGUGCGAUUAUUUUGUUUAAACGUUUUGAUGCUUGCCGAAAUUGAUGUAUUAUGUUCUACUUGUAAGUAUAUUUUGCCCAUAAAUGAUAUAGAUUUCCACUGUCGCGUAAAAGUUAAAUUUGAAGCGCGUAAAUGCAAUACUUGGAAAGAAAAACUGCAAUAUAUUGAUUAGAUCCACAGUUUAUUUUGGUGAAAAAAAAGCAAUUAAUUGAGAUACUUUUCUCUUACAUUGUAAGCUCACAUUAUUACUAAUUUGCAAAUACUUUGCUUCAUAUCUAGAAAUGUAUUAUACUGUUCAAUCAGUUUACCUACCGCAUUUUUGAAAGUGUUAUUUUUAAGUGUGUUUUAACCUGUUCAAUAGCGAGCACAGCCUGAAUGGUUCACAUUUUGUAACUAAACGGCAUGUUUUUACUUAGCUUUUUUCAGUAGUAACAGACGUACACUUUUCUUAAAAAGAAAAAUACUAUUCCCUGUCAAUAACUCAAGUCAAGCUGAUUACUUUUUGCCUAAAUAAACAACAGUGUAAACUAAAUGCGUUGUUGCUUUAUUUUAUGUCUCAUAACUGAGUCAAGGGCGAAUUUACGGGUUGGGGAGGGGGGAGGCCGCUGUCACCCCUUUUUCUUUGAAAUUUUAUUUCAUUUUUAUAGAAAUUCAGAAAAAUAAAAAGUGUCUAUAUAGCCAACAAGUGUCCCGGCCACCCCUGUCUGAAUUUUCUGGAUCCGCCCCUAAUGUAUGCAAUAAGGUGAGCAGCAAGGUCGGCAAUGCCCUUUAAUAGCCUUGCUUCUUGUGUCUCGCUUAAGAGAAAAACUAAACAAAGAUAGCAGUGGCGUUGGAAAUUGCUGAAGGCCACCUCUCCCGGCAUUUUGUCUCAUGACUACGCUACCCUUGCUCUCCUAGAUACCUUUCCAAAGGCGGCGACACUAAGCAAACCCUUUUGAGGCUUUUCGUCGAGUUGAAAUUUAUAUUGCGGCCGAUUUAAGAAGAAAUCCACACCAAACUCCAGAUGAUAAUUAUUCUAAGUCCCUUAGUGCGGUUUGUACGCUUUGACUUUUUCACUUGGUAACCUGGCUGGAGAUCGAUAUAACAAAACAAUUACGCGUACAAAUACUUCAGUUUUGUACAGCAUUGGGCACUGACUGGCAAACAAGUCGGGUUUGUUUUUCUCAAAAUCGGUUCAGCGUAGUUUUAGCUUUUCUCCCCAGUCUCGCCCUUUUGUGCGAUUAUGGCUCUAGACCUUUUUUUUUACUGUUCGCGCGGCGUACUUGAAUACGCAAAAACAACGUGACUGUUUUGCAGUUUACAUUGGGCAGGGGGCAGAGGAAAUAAGGGAAAAAGAGGUAAAAAAUAGUAUCCUCCCCACACACUUUUGACGAUUGUCCCAAGAGUUGUAGUUGCACCCAACAUUCCCUUUUGUGCUCGCUAUCAAAUAAAUGCAGCUUUACAUGUCUUGAAACUGAAGUGGGAAGGGGUUCUUUGUUUAUUAUGAUCGAAAAUUUGUAACACAAGCGAUGAAGCAAGUGAACCAAUUGGAGUCAGGGAAUUAAAGACCGAAACUAUUUCAUGAUUGCAGGUUUUAUUGCAAUAAUUGUUCUAAUUGAAGCUCCUAUUUCUGACUUUGUUUUGACUCCUGUUUUCACUCGUCCCCAGUCGUCUUUGCAUAACACGCGGCGGGAGCACGGGAUGAUCACACCCCUUUCGCCACUAAGGAGAGACAGAGAGACAGAGACGACCGGGGACGGGGCAGCAUCCGCUUAAUUUUUAACAACAACAACAACAUCAACAGCGACGACAGUUUAUCCAAUUUGAAAAUAAUUUAUGACCGUGUUACCCAGGUGGGUAACACUGAUAAAAAAUAGUCUCCUUGAGUAAAUCUCAGCAAAGUUCUAAAAAAAAAGGAAAGUGCAUAAAGCAAAUUGUAGCGGCGUCUUGAGGGUCCCUUCUGUUGAAAGUUGAUUGACCAAAAUCGAUACACCUUUCGUGGACACGCCUUUCUCCUCCUCUAAAAGAGUUUCUUCUUGAUCUCACAGGACACGUACACACCACUGACAUCUUAACACUAAAACGCCCCUUAAGCUGACAGGAGCGAGGAGAGAAGGCUGUGUUCGCAGGUUAGAGAAACCAGACGAAGUGCCAUAAGUCUAGUUCAGAUGACAAAAAAAUAGUCUUCGUUUCCUUGGUCAAUACUGUAUCAGUCGGCGCGACAUCAUACCCAGUCUAUUUGGAGAUAAUCCAUUCAAUUAAUUAUACAUGCACAAAGUUGACUACGCACGGCAAGAACUUGUUUGACAGCUCAAAACGAUAUGUCGCUACAAAGACGGCCUCAUUCCAACUGCAGAAAUGGAACACUUAGUAGUAGUUUGAAUCAUUCAAACUGUAGCCGUUUAAAAACUGAAUCUACUGAAUUGAAAAACAAAAUCACGGGUUGUCGAUGUAGUCGAUGUAACUCUUUGUACGGUUCGUGCGAAUUAGAAGUUCUGAUAACGUAUUCAAAAUACAUCAUCAACUUCUUUUGAAUAUACAUCGAGGUUUUUUGUCGAGAGUGAGCCUGUUUAAAUAGGUGAUUAAGGACGUCAAUUUGACUGAGCCAUUAUUAUUUUUAGUUUCCCCGCCUGGGUAUGUUUAUGAAUCUGCUAUACUCGCUUAUUUGAUUUAAGCUUUAUUUUUUCACAAUGUGUUUUCAGCUUAUUAGCUUCACUGAUUAACAAUUAACUGCUUUUUUUAAGAGAAUUUAAGUAAACUUGAGGUGGGCCAACUAAGACCAACUAAAACAAUAGAAGCUCUUCCCCUCCCCUCCUCUUCUAACGUUUUAUAAAGGUUAUCUCUUUGCCCUUACCCACCCCCUUCCCCCUGUUCCUAGGCUACCUACCCAUCUGUUGACAUUUUGCGAAAAGUAGAAGCCUGCGAAUACAGUCGUCUAUCCUCGCUCCUCUCUGCUCUUGGACGUUUGCCUAGCCGCAAAGAGCGAGGAAAAUGAGUCUAGACAAGUAGCUGGUAAACAGUAAAUAAUUGCCUUAUGCCGGUUUGGAUAAUGAUCAAAAGAGAAAGAGGUUUUAAGGUAUUUAUUUUAAUAAUCACUUAUAUCCUUACUGUCGCUUUGUUUUAUAGCUGGAAAUUUCGGUCUCAUUGGUUGCUUCGAGGUCACAUGACAUCUAACAAUGAAACUGUUUCCCGCCAAAAUCUCUGAGCGAGGGAACAAUGCAAAAAAAUCACACAACACUUCACUUAAGACUGGUCCCUCGGGAAACAGUAAAUUUUGUUUCCCUGGUGACCAGUGUUUAUUAUUGUUGUGAUCGUUGCUUAUUGAGACACAAAACCUCAACUGACAACCUCGUUGACUGCCACCCAGGAAGCGCGAUUCACCAAUAUUUAGGGCGCGGGAUGUGGGAUUUUUUCCCUCUCUUUCGGAAACGGAAAAUCAUGACGACUCAAAUACGCGUUCUUGCGGCAAAAGCGAUUUAACAAGGCGAGCGUUCAGUUGUGUCUCCUAUCAACUGAGCAAAAUAUAUAUAGUGAUCUGGUUAAUGAUUGUCUAACUGAAUUUUCAAGAAGUAAACAGACGAGCUGAGCGGACAGAAGAACCACUAUUUCAACCAGAUGCCAAGAAAGUGCGCGUGGUGCAAUAGCAGUAGUCUAGUUAAUGAAAUUUUUCUUCUAUUCUAAAAAACGCCUGAUCGCAGGUUACCUUAAGUACAUUCAUAGUUUUGGUGUCGUUCUUUCUUACAGCCACAGCCGAGUCUGCUAGCGCCAGAAAAGCCUAUUCCAGACGUCCUCCGCUCUAUUUUGUGCCACCUUGGAACAGGCUAGCGCCAGAAGCAACGCAGCGAACCAAAAAACUAAAUGUUUUUUCUCCCGCUACGCAUCAAACACAAAGAGCUGUAGAGAUUCCAGAAGCAGUUUAAAGACUUCGGGGAGUUAAGGUGAUGUUACACGAUGACGAUCAGCGCAACGACGAUUUUUAGCGCAAUGCAGCAUUACAACAUUGCUGCGACAUUGUUUCGAAUGGUUACAACAUUGUCUCAACGUUCCAAUGCUGUGUUGCAGGAAAAAUUGUCCUUACGAAUCGUCUCGUGUAGCAUUACGUUUAGAGCAAAUCACAAAGAGUAAAGGCCUAAGAGACUUUUCUCAAUGAGAACGCAAGUUGUGUGUCAAUAUGAGUUUGACACACUUACGCAGGUCGUCCAGGGAAGCCGAUUAUGCUAAAAAUCCGCAGGUAUUCGAUAGUAACUACUAGUCAGCAAAGAAGGAUCACUAAUGGUCUGUGAUGAAAGAAAUCACAGGGUUCAGGUAUUUGAACUGAGUGGAAAGUUUGUUACAAAGUUUGGAAGUAAAGGUAGCGAGAGUGGAGAGUUUAGGAAUCCAGUAUGUACAGCAAAUAUUGGUGAUGGAAGGAUAGUUGUGUGUGAUACGAAUAACAACCGAAUCCAGCUGUUUGAUUAUGAAUGACACGAUUUUAACUUUGUUGUACAAGAUACUUGAGAAUGUGAACUACUAUACAUUUAUCAUAAGAUCUCAGUAGAUUUUAUGUUUGUUAAAGAAAACAAUUUUGUGAGAUAAUUUUGUUAAUAUAAUAAAUCUUACCAUGAAAUCGAAAUUGCUAUAGUACUGGCGUGUGCAAUGUCAAGGGAAGGGAGGGGCAAUGAAACACUCCCCCCCUCUUUUCCUCUUCUACUCCAUUUUCAGCCUAUUUUCUCGCCCUGACCACCCUACCCUACUCCCCAAACAAGAACUGGUUUCAUAGGCUGCCUGCCCAUGCAUGACAUUAAGAAAAGCGAGUAAACGGUAUAGCCUGGUUUUCACUUGCGCAUAAGCAUAAGGCUUAGUAUAAAUUAAAUACAAAGCUAUACUAGAAAUACGUGAAUCGCAGGACCUCGCGAGGGACUUCCGGGGAACGGCAAGAAGUUGAAAUGGAAAUAAGUCAAUAGUAAAGAAAAUUUAUAAAUCUAAAAACUUUGGCUAUAUAAAGAAACAAAACAACUUCAAUAACUGAAAAGAAAACUAAAGAAAAAGGAAUAAAAGAAAAGAAGAAGAAAAAAAGAAAAUGGGUACAGCCCGUAAUCAAGGAGGCCAGUUCAAAGGGCCGGGCCAUAGCUUUUCCACUAGGCCACCUGGAACACACUGUGAAAACCUAUGAAAAUAUAUUAUAAAAACCUUUCCGCUAGAUUUUCUGCCAGUGCGACCUGUUCAAAGUUGAUCGAGCCCUAUUCAAAGACAUUUUUCAGAAGAAUAACUGUUGUUUUGACAGUGAAACCCCAACGUAAACGAAUUUCAUCGCAUUUAAAGAGUGGCAGCCCAACUAGGCCGAUACAGUAUAAACUCGUGCGGCGAAGUGAAAUCCUUGUAUGUCCGUUCCGCCUCUUGCCUCUUUCGUUCCUCAGCUUCAGUUGUUCUAAUGUCUUUUCUCAUAUUAUUAUUCUUUAAGGCGAUUAAUAUUAUGUAAUAACAUGCUUCACAUCAACAUUGUAUUUUGAACAGAAGCUCUUGAUGGAAUCUCCAUCGUUUAUGACACUGACAGAAUAGUUCCUCAUGCAAGUCCCUCAAACAUUUUCUCGGGAGAUAGUCAUCCGGUGUCCUGCCUGUCGAUUCCGUCUGAAAGACAUCCAUGAAAUGUCCCCGAUUGUUUGGGUCUGGUACAGGUUGCGGAAUUCUUUCUGUCUCUGGUCCCACCCAUCUAUACUGUUAGAACACCAAGAACAGAGAUUGGAGGUCUCCUCUUUGCAGGCAUGCACCACGACAGAAUUUCAUUAAGAGCUCUCCACGGAUGAAGUGGUCUUCCAUAAACGAUUCGAUCUUUCUGAGGUAUGCUGCACCAGGGAAUAAGAACAGUUCCUCAGGAAACUCACUCACUUUACUCUUAAUGUAGUCUUUAAGAACAGGGGCGUCAUCAAUCCUCUCGGCAACCUGACUGCAUACGUAUACAAGGCAUUUUUCUUCAUCCGCUUCCUUUCGUAUUCUUUUAUUUAUUUUAUUUUAUUUUAUUAUUUUGCUACACACAAUGAAUUACAAGCAGAAUAAAAACGAUAAUAAAUAGGUUAAUUAACAUUAAAUUUAAAAUUUGUGCAUUACUUGGGAGGAGUGACUGUGGCGGGGAAAUCUCCGAGAAGCCGAGCUUAUGAGGAAUAGAGAUUUCCCCCCACGGGUAAUUUAAAUACUAGGCGGCAUUUUAAGAAAUAAAGAAAAAAGUCGUUUAUUUAAGUAUAUAAGUGUGUUCAGACGAAAAUAUAGAUAUGAGGUGUUAAGGUAUUUAGGUUGCAUUCUGUCUGAUCCUUCAGUAUGACUGAAGUGACAUUCUCUUGAUUUCCUCUUCUGAAAGAUCUUCAAAUCUCCUAUACAUUUCGCACUCUAGAGUUGCACCAUCCACAAGAGCAUCAGAAAUAGCACCGUUUGUCCGUUCGGCUUCACUCUAAUUGCCUGCUGUCGCCCCUCGAAAGAUGGAGUCAGUGGAGAAUGUUCAAGAGUCGGUAAAGGGAGGCGUCCAAGUGGCUGCCAAAGAAGCGCUGGGGACGAAGCAGUGACACUAAACUAAUCACUUGUUGAUAAUACCAUGUAUAUAUUUCUUACUUCUGUUGUUUUUGUUUGUAAUGACAGUGUACCACCAGGACGCCCUAAAAAGGCGUCGAACAUUUUUUUAAAAAAAGUGAACAGUCACUCAAGAGAUUGAAAUAUUGCCAAUGAAACGACAGGACUCAGGAUUCUUCCACCUCUCUUCGGUCAUCUAAGUAAUAAACCGUUGUUUCUAAAAAAGCCAUUUAUAUAAACGCGCCUUAAAGGCCUGGUCAACAAAACCAAGAAACAAAUAAACACAAAAAAACCGCUGAAAAUAAGCUUAAAAGAGAAAUCUAAUGUACAUUUCACACUUUUAAUAGGCAAAGAAUAAAUUCUCAUAAAACAUCAUAUAAUUGUUGCUGAAUGCAUAUGAAUGAUUUUAAAAUUAGUUGGGUAGCCUGAUUGGGUAGCCUGAUUGGGUAGCCUGAUUGAGUAGCCUGACUAAGCCCAGUAAAGUGGAGCGGCCCGCCUUACGGUCACCUCGUUACUACACGGCCACUUUUUUUGGCCACCCAGCAAAACGGCCAUUCAUUUCCGUGUAAAAAAAACCCUAGUUAAUACGGUCACUCAUUAAUACGGCCAAAUGUUUUGGCCCAUGGAUACAUGGUGACCGCGACCGUAUUAUCGGGGUUUCACUGUACUCUCGAUCUCGAUCUGUCUUCUAUCGGUGGUUUGAUGAAUAUUUUAAAAAGUUCAUGAUUUGUAAACAGAUUAUCAUUUCUCAGAAAUCAAGGUUAUUUUUGGAUUCUCUCAGGUCAUCAAAACUUUAAACACCUCAAGACACCAUUUGACUGGUUGCCAAAAUAUGCUUUAGUCUGGGUCAUAAGACAACACUUGUUUGUUGCGGUUUCUGGGAGUGCCAACCGACUACGUCUCAGAGUAUUUUAAAACUUAAUUUGCUUUCCAUCUUCUUCAUGGAUAUAAAGACCUUGCUGGACAAUCUUCAUGAUGAAGUAUCCUGUUCUGUGUGUAUGUGUACAUUCACUGAUCCAAAGCAGUUGCCUUGUUUGCACAGUUUCUGUCUUCACUGCCUGAACGGAAUUCAACGAACGAGCGGCGUCCAUGGCAAAAUUACAUGCCCCGAGUGCAGAAGACAGUUUCAAAUCCCUGGAAGUGGAAAUCCUAGCGAACUUCCCACCAAUUUUCGUAUCAACAGUUUGCUAGAUGUCUUGGCAAUAAAAGAGUGCAGCACAGCUAACGUAAAAUGCGGAAAUUGCAACAAGGGGAGCGCCCAGACCUUAUAUUGCUUCCAGUGUUGUUCCUUCUGGUGCGAGGAAUGUAUUUUAGCACAUAACAUUAUACGCAUCAAUAAAGAACACAGAACGCUGGCACUGAAGGAUUUUCAAGAUCAGGACAUCGAGGCCGUGUUAAAGAGACCAGCAUUUUGUCAGAAGAAACGACAUGAAAACAAAGAGUUGGAGUUCUUUUGCAAGGACUGUAAAGUCGCCAUUUGCAACACUUGUGUUGUAACACUCCAUGAAGGUCACGGAAAGAUGCUUUUGGAAGAAGCUACAGACGCACGCAAGACUCAGAUCAACUCCAUGACUCAAUCUUUAAAAGAAAAAGCACAAGAAAAACGAAAAGACCUCGAGCAAUUGAACCAAAAGAGCACGGACAUUACACUGCAAGUUGCCGACUUAAAAAGCCAAGUGCAGACACAUGUAGAUCAAGUUAUUGCAAUCAUCGAAGCGAGGAAACAGGAUGUUUUUGAUGCAGUCGAUAAUCAAGCGAAAAAAUCGCUGAAAUCUCUCUCACAGAAAAAAGAUGAAGUGGAAAAUCAAGUAAAAUUAAUUGAAUCGGCAAUUGAACAAACUAAAGCUCUUCUCAAACGAAGCUUCAGUACUGAAAUCCUUGGAUUCAGUGAAACAUUUGAUGCAAUCCUUCAGGAACAGGGCACCCAAGGAAACCGUGACACUGAAUGUAUUCCUCGGUUUAGUUUCACUAAAAGUGAAAAACUGAUUAACGUGUUGAACAAUGAAGGGAUAGGUAAUUUAAAAAUUGUUUUCAGCGAAUCUAAAGCGCAACAAUCAGGAGCUAAAGGUAAAGAAAGUAGUAAAGUAAUAGCUGGGAAUAAAGGGGCAAAUGUUCGUGACAGUCCUCUUGAGACUCAGGUACAAACCAGGCGCUUCAGAUCUGUGCUGUCAUUUGGACAAAAAGGUGAGUCUCUUGGAAUGCUUAAGAGUCCCUGGGGGGUGGCAGUGAAUAAUCAGGAUGAAAUUGCUGUGACUGUGCACAGUAACCACAGGGUUUCAGUGUUUAGUAGUGAUGGUACCCACUUAAGAUCCUUUGGUAGGAAGGGUAAGAAUAAUGGUGAGUUCAAUUUCCCUACAGGGAUCGCUUUUGAUAGUCAUGGCAAUAUUGUAGUGGCAGACUGUUAUAACCACAGGGUGCAAGUCUUUGAUAGGAAUGGUAACUUUCUUAGUAAGUUUGAUGAACAAGGAAGACCUGAUAAUCAGCUUAAAUUCCCUCAAGGUUUAUCAAUAAACGGUAACGGUGAUAUUAUUGUUGCUGAUACCGGUAGCAAAUUAAUCAAGAUAUUCUCCUCUAGUCACAACUUUUUGCGUAAGUUUGGUGGAGCAGGUUCAUUGGUCACUCCCAUUCACUGUAUCCAACAUGGUCAAUAUUUUAUAGUCUCAGAUUACGGUGAUCAUUCCAUUAAAAUGUUUGAUCUUGAGGGAAAAUUUAUUUCUAAAUUUGGAAAACAGGGGAACAAGGAUGGAGAGUUCAAUCAGCCCCUUUUCUUGUCAGUUAAAAAAGGAGGAUUGCUAAUGGUCUGUGAUUCACAAAAUCACAGAGUUCAAGUAUUUGAACUGAGUGGAAAGUUUGUUACAAAAUUUGGAAGUGAAGGUAGCGGGAGAGGAGAGAUGAAGAAUCUAAUUUCUACAGCAAUUCUUAGUGAUGGAAGAAUAGUUGUGUGUGAUGGGAAUAACAAUCGAAUCCAGGUAUUUGAGCAUACAUGAAAUAAUCCAUAACCUGCGAAUACAACCGUCUUUCCUCGCUCCUCGUCGUUAGGGACCUUUAGCGGAAAACGUCUUUGCCUCGAAACUUCCUAAUAACGGCGAUGAGCGAGGAGAGUCAACUGUAUUCACAGCGGGCUACAAAUAAUCCUACCUUUGAUCAUAGGCGUACGGGCCGGGGGGGGGGGCUGCAGCCCCCCAAAUUUUGGGCAACUCAGAUUUUUUCGGCAACACGAGAAAAUUUGGGCAAAGCCAGUUUUUAAAGACGUCCCCAUGUUUUUAUUAUUAUUAUGAAGAGAUAAAUAUUUUCUAUUUUAACCUGAAGUCGGCGUUAUAAUCCAGUGGCGGCCUAGCAGGUGACAAGUUACUGGCUAUAAGGGAGAGGUAUCAUAUGCUGAUUUUUUUUAGUGUUGGGCACUGUACUGCAAUGGGCUAUUUCCACUCGUGAAUUUAUUACAAUCAACUUUCGCCUAACUUUCUAGAAUCAUCUCCGCUCGUAGAACAGUGUAUGGCAGAUAGCAUCAGCAAUGGGUCCGAAAGUGAAGAUGUGGCUGACUAAUUCACAGUUUGAAAUGCGAGAAGAAUCUUAAUUUUUUCAAAAAACUCUAUUGAGCGGUUUAAAAAUUAUUCACUAAUUUGUUACAGCUAGCAGUAGACUGAAAUGUUUACAAAACCGCUAACAAGAGCGCCAUGCUACAUACUAAUCAAAUCCUUCCUUGUAGCAAUUGGCCGAAGCUAUCUCCAUGAUCUUUCACCCACGUUUUUAAAAAGAUUGAAACUACUAUGAAGUGAAAUUGCAUGUCAAAAGCGCAUCGUUUUCUACAGAUAACGGCCAAACAUCAGGAUUUUCCUUUUUUGUACCGUAUUUCCAACGAUAAAAAACUUUAUCCCAAAAUGACUCGAUAACGCUCUUACAGAUUCCGUUUUAACUUCACGAACAUUGAGGCGUCUAUGGGAGGAAAAAGCUCCUGUGAUCGAUUUUAGAAGAACAGUUCCCACAGAGAAAUAUUGCUGCAAUUAUAAUAGGUAAUGCCUUCAUUUCGUUGCUAUGACAACUCUGAUGUCAUUGCAACCCUGAUCACAACAAAUUUCAUCUUUAUCAAUACAACUGUGGUGGCAAUUUUUACAAAUGUUUGUUUAUGGCGACGUAGUUUAUGCUCAAACUUGGCAGGUAUUGACCGUGAAAAACUGUAUCGAGCCAUUUUCAUAUGCCAGUACGGCCUAUGUUGUUGCAUCUGCCCUAAUUUCUGUUCGACUGUUUUGGGCAACUUGCAAAAAUUUUUUGGGCAAAUGGUUUACCGCCCCCCCUGGCAAAAAAUAGCCCGUACGCCUAUGCCUUUGAUGAAGAAAGACUUGAGAUUCAGGUCACGCUAUUAUACAUUGAUCAUUUAAGCUCCACUGUUCAUGUUUCUGGAGGAAUCAAUUUUGUGCGAUUAUUUUCGUUGUUUAGACAUUUUGAUAUGUCGAAAUUGGCGUAGUAUGUUCUACUUGUAAAUAUAUUUUGUCCAUAAAUAAUAUGGAUCAGUCCACUGUCGCGUAAAAGUUCAGUUUACACCGGCGGCACCUUCCUUGCAUUGCCUCUAUUUUAUUUACGCGCGUAAAUACAAUACUUAGAAAGAAAAACUGCAGCAUAUAUUAGCUUAUGUUGAAUUGAUUAGUUCCAAAAAAAGCAAUUAAUUGAGAUGAUUUUCUCUUACAUUGUAAUCUCACAUUAUUACUAAAUAAAUUUGCAAAUACUUCAUAUCUAGAAAUAUUAUACUGUUUAAUAUUUACAUACAUUUUUGAAAGUGUGAUUUUUGAAUGGGUUUUAACCUGUUCAAUAGCGAGGACAGCCUGAGUUGUCAAUUUUGUAAGUAAACGGCUUAUUUUUACUUAGCUUCUUUCAGUAGUAACAGAUGUACAUAUUUCUCAAAAAGCAAAAUACUAUUCCCUGUAAAUAACUCAAGUGGAUUAUUUUUUGUCUUAAUAAACAACAGUGUAAAUGCUUUGUUCCUUGUAUCCAAUGUCUCCUAAUAGUCAGAGGCGGAUUUAGUGGGGGCAGUGGGGACGAGGAAGCCGCGACCACUCCUUUUUUCUUUGAGAUUUUGUAUCAUUUUUAUAGAAUUCUCAGUUUAUAUAGCUGGAGAGGGUCCCGGCGACUCCUUUCUGAAUUUUCUGGAUCCGCUUACCGCUUGGUAACCUGCAAUCCCAGACAAAAGUAGUCGGGAAAGUUGGGGAUAUAACAAAACAAUUACGCGCACAAACAUUUCAGUUUUGUACAGCAUUGGGCAUAGACUGCAAAACAGUCGGGAUUUUUUCUAGGUUUAGCGUAGUUAAUUAGCGUAUCUCCCCAGUCUUGCUCUCCGUUUUCAGCCUUAUCUCCCGACUGGCGGUAAUUUAUUCGGAAAUUUAUUAUCUACACAAAGAUGCAAUUCAGCAAGAACUUGUUUGACAGUUUAAGCCCUCACACGGCUUCGGCAAAUAAUUGAUCCGCUCGCCGCAGAAAAUGACGAUAUUUUGCAUCGUCAAAUAAAUAAUUGUUAAAUAUUUUUGUUUUUGUUGAGUACGUGCAAUCGAAAAACAUAUUUUUAAACAACUCUACAGCGUGCUACCCUGUGUAAAACCAGUAGAGCAGGUUACUUUUCUUUUGUCACACUCCACUCAGCAACAAGGUGAAAUUGACAGACAACAUUUCUUAGUACUGUGUUUUUGUGUAGCGAAUUUAAGUAAGAGAAUCAGAUUUACUGUCGACUAAAUUUUUGCGCCAAAAAUGUUUGGGGUAUUUUUUGGGGGGGAGCUUAUUUAAGAUAAGAUAAGAUAAGAUAAUUUAUUUAAUGUCAGGUACACAGGGGGUCAGUGGUCUCCCAAUCCCCCGAGCCACGGGCUCAUGAUAAAAGUGUUUGACAAUAUAAAAGAAAAAUAAAUAAAUUAAUAUCUCAAUAGCAACCAAUUAACUUAAAAAAAUAAUAACAUCCAUCUAUAAAAAUAAAUCGGGUCAAAGGCAAAUGCUGCAUUGACAGCCGAUAAAAUUUAACUUAGUUAAAAGUCUCCGAAAGGAUGAUGCAUUAGGUGCGUUUUUUACAGCAGAUGGCAACUGGUUCCAGAUGUGCGAGAUCAUGUACGAAUAUUAACCAUGAAGAAAUCUACUAUUAUAUGAAGUUUGUCCAACAUUACUUUUCAACAUUACAUUUCUGCCGAUAGCUCGCAAAAUCGAAAAACUUAAAACGCAAAAAUUUUUUGCAACUUCUUGCAACACGGUUUCUAAAGUAUGUAAGCUAUGUUUAUGUUAGCGGUAUGGUUACUCGGCUCAGAACUCGGUUGAUUCUUAUAUGGUCCGUCUUUAUAUUCACAUGCUCCCAUACCAUAAAGAAUGACACCGCAUGCUCGAUCACUAUGUGCCCUAUUAAAUUUGCGUACUAUGAAAGUUUACAACACUCGACCAGACUCGAACAACUAACCACACGAACCAACUGGCGUCGUUCACUUUAAAUUCGUGAACAGAUUCACGAAUUUAAAAAGACUAUCUUCGAUGACUUUGAUCAGUAAAUUAGUAGCGACCAGAAGAAGCUAAGAGCAAGACGAAAAUCAGAAAUACAGAUAUCUAAUAAGCGCACGUCUCCUAGCAACGGAUUUUACGGUGUAUAUACUGUAUAUACUGAUUGUAAUGUACAAUAACUCGGUCUCCGGACAAAAGUCAAUUCUAAAAAACACUUUAUGUAAUAUAUCAAACAUGAGAUGCAGUGUUUCAUCACCAGAUGAAACACCGAGAAGAGAGUUGAAAAUACGACGCGCAGCGGAGUAUUUUUGAAGAACUUCGAGGUGUUUCAUCUGGUGAUGAAACACUGUGUCGAAUGUUUGAUAUUUCUUCUCAAAAAAAAUCAUUUUUGAAGGAGAAAUUAAGGAUGCAAAUACUAAGCAGUGUUUCAUCCGAUUUCCAAACACUCAUUAAACAUUAAUUUCCUUUGUAUUUUCUUAAUGAAUUAUUAAUGAGUUUGAGAAGAGUAGUUCAUACUUUCAUAAGAAUAUUCUGGCUUCUUAGAAAUACGUAUAAGUCAAGGACCUCUGUUUGAUCGGUUAAAACUGUAAAAAAAGGGGUGACAAUACAAAAAUCCCGUUCUUUCUUUACCACGGCAUAUAACUAAGUUCGAUCAUCCGGACUGGCAAGUCCAACCUAGACAGUAUUUCACCGAUUGUUUUCGACCUUUUCCAUGGAUAAAAAGACCUUAACUGACAAUCUUCAUGAUGAAGUAUCCUGUUCUGUGUGUAUGUGUACAUUCACUGAUCCAAAGCAGUUGCCUUAGUUUGCACAGCUUCUGUCUUCAUUGCCUCAACGAAUUAACGCGGAGCGGCGUCCAUGGUAAAAUCACAUGCCCGGAAUGCAGGCGAGACAGUUUCAAAACGAACGGUGAUAUAAAGGUCGAAAUUGGGAGUUGUAAUUGGUUUAUUUACUUUCAUAAUUGCAAAAUCUACCAUAUAGUGCUACGUAUGAAUGUCCAAUAGGUUGUGACUAAAGUAAAACAAGAAACAAAUAGUUAACGCAUGUACAGUAUUUUUUACGCAUACUAUAUGCGGUGUUAGGAUUUAAAGUGUUAAAGUCACCUUCAGUGAUCAUCUCACAGUUUUUCUCUAGUUCUAAUUCAUCGAGCUGUGUUUGAAUUUCUUCAAAAAAGAGCACUUAGUCGUUUGUCUUGUUUGGUGAAUAAAUAUUGACAAAAACAAACAAAUUUUGUUUGUUAUAUGGCCUUAAUAUCAGUUGGUCGAAAUGUUCCCGCAAUUAUGGGCUCCCGCUUAUACGAACUUUACGAGGGGCACCCAACGAGAAAAUAGUUCAAAACCAUUUAAACAUAGCAUUGUUGAACGUAUUUUAGUAUUUAAACGGUAGAUAUAGGCAUAUUUUUAUCCCAUAAAAAUUUUUCAUCUGUUCGGAUUUCCUAGCUCUGUGAAAGUCUAGUGAUCCGAAAAUUAUAGGGAUCAAAACUUACCUUUUCGAAAAUUUCAGCCAGAAAAAAGGCUCCCGAAAAUUCUAGGUGACCUUUUUAGGGUAAAAAUCCGUUAAAAAGGGGCAUUUCCAUUUUUUAGAUGUUCGAAAAUCCCAGGAGAGGCAGGCAAGCAAGAAAUUUUACAAUAAAUGUUCCGAAAAUUCUAGAUCUCAAAUCGGCUUCCGAACAGAUAUUUUCCGAAAAUUUACGUUGGGUGCUCCAGCUUUACGUGUAGAGACUCGGUCAGUGGUGUAAAAUAUAAUUUAAUAGGUUUUAUAAAACAUUUCAGUCGGUUCUUGCUUUGUAAACAGAUAAACGAUUCUCAGAAAUACAGGAUGUUUAUAGAUUCUUCAGAAAGACGUCAGAAAUCAUAAAUUCGUCAAGUAACUCCGUUUGAUUGGUUGAUGAAAGUAAAGUUCAGUCUGAGUCAAAAGACAGUUAGUAAUUCUUUCACUUUCCAAGAGCUGGGUAUUUCAAGAUUUAAAUAGCUUUUUUUCCACAUUUCCCUCCAUGGAUGUAAAGACCUUGUUGGACAAUCUUCCUGAUGAAGUGUCCUGUUCUGUGUGCAUGUGUACAUUCACUGAUCCAAAGCAGUUGCCUUGUUUGCACAGUUUCUGUCUUCACUGCCUGAACGGAAUUCAACGAACGAGCGGCGUCCAUGGCAAAAUUACAUGCCCCGAGUGUAGGAGACAGUUUCAAAUCCCUGGAAGUGGAAAUCCUAGCGAACUUCCCACUAAUUUUCGUUUUCGCAUCAACAGUUUGCUAGAUGUCUUGGCAAUAAAAGAGUGCAGCACUGCUAACGUGAAAUGCGGAAAUUGCAACAAACGGAGCACCCAGACCUUAUAUUGCUUCCAGUGUUGUUCUUUCUGGUGCGAGGAAUUUAUUUUAGGAAAUAACAUAAUACGCACCAAUAAAGAGCACAGAACGCUGGCACUGAAAGAUUUUCAAGAUCAAGACAUCGAGGCCGUGUUAAAGAGACCGGCAUUUUGUCAGAAGAAACGACAUGAAAAAGAAGAGUUGAAAAUCUUUUGCAAGGACUAUAAAGUCGCCAUUUGCAACACUUGUGUUGUAACACUCCAUGAAGGUCACGGAAAGAUGCUUUUAGAAGAAGCUAUAGACGCGCGCAAGACUCAGAUCAACUCCUUGACUCAAUCUUUAAUAGAAAAAGCACAAGAAAAACGCAAAGAACUCAAACAAUUGAACCAAAAGAGCACGGACAUUAAACUACAAGUUUCCGACUUUAAAAGCCAAGUGCAGACGAAUGUGGAUCAAGUUAUUGCAAUCAUCGAAGCGAGGAAACAGGAUGUUUUUGAUGCAGUCGAUAAUCAAGCGAAAAAAAUCACUGGAAUCUCUCUCAAAGAAAAAAGACGAAGUUGA